AUGUCUGAUAAAGUGAGGCAACAGCAGCUGUAUCAGGUUUUGAAACAAAAAUAUGUUGGGUUAGGAAAUGAAAAAACUACAAAGGAAGAGUGGUUGACGAAUGUGAAUAGAGAUACUUAUAAUUCUUUACAAGGACAUUCAGCAUCCUUAGAGUAUAUUACUUUGGGUAAAAGAGCUAGUAGUAAGCGCGAUACUAAAGUUGAUCUUAUAAAUAAAAUGUGUAACGAUGAAAAGAUACGACGUAAUGAUGGUGAUAAUAAAUGA